CUUUGAAGUAAUCCGUAAACUUAUACUAGACUCGGAGCCAGGAUAUAUCGGCGGCAAAAUUAAAAUCCAUAGGAAGCAUAAUUUAUUAUUAUUGGUGUCAAAUCACAUCUUCAAAUAUACGACCUUCGAAUAUGCCUUCAGACGACCUGUUUGAUGAUAUUCUGAACCUAGAAGAGCAGUACUACAAGGAAGGCUACGACGAGGGCUACAAGGAUGGUGCUGAAGCCGGCCGGAUCGAAGGCCGCUCUGUCGGUAUGAAGACGGGAUUCGAGAAAUUCUUAGAAGCGGGCCGGUUGCAAGGCAAAGCUAUAGUCUGGCAAAGCCGGCUACCCAACCAACAGGAGCCAUCUACACUCGAUAGCAAUUCACAGCAGGAGCUGGCGCAGACUGGGCUAUCAUCUAGUUCUCAAGAUGAGAAGGACUCCGAACCAAAAAGGUUACCACCUCUCAAUAGCAACCCGCGACUGGAAAAGAACAUCACCAUGCUGUAUGGCAUACUGGAGCCUGGAACGCUGUCGACUAAGAACGAUGACGAGUCCGUCAAUGACUUCGACAGCAGGUUGAAGGGCGCCCAAUCCAGAGUCAAGAUGAUCGAGCGGGCCAUCGGUGAAGGAGCCGGUGAUAAAAGCUCAGCCAACAGGAACCGCCAGCCAGCCCAGAAGAAUGAGAACAUCGAGGACAUCGGGAGGAUACCGCAGAGGACAGAAGUGGUGAUGGGCAAUAUAUGAAUGCCUUAAAUUAGUGAUUGAAGGGGGGUGGAUUAGCUACUAGCAUCUUCGUGUAAGAAGCUUAUACCAUGGCAUCUAGAAUCAGGCACACGCCAACGAAACAGUUAGACCGGCUAUAAACUCGGAUGAACUAUUAAUUUUAGAAGCACCGUCACCGCUAAAGAGUGUGUAAAUCGUGAGGGAAUCUGAUAUUAGGAGCUGGUUUUUCUCAUAUCUACAACUUGCUCCACCGUACACAUGGCAUGUCUAAGUCUAUUUGAAAUUCCGGCAAGGGUAUCUAUGCAGCACAUUAGCAUCUCUCUCAUCAUAUUAUCCCCAUCACAGUCCAUAGAAAUCCAUAAUU